AAGGGGAAUGUCGCGCGUUGCGUUUAGUUCUUUUGCUCGAGGUGUUAGUCGCCUCCAGUCAAUUCGUCAAUGUACUACAAGAGGGCUAAACCCCAUGUUUAUGAAAAUGCGUGUGAAUAGCCGUCCAAUGAACGCGUUAUUCCCUGAGUUAGCCGCCAAGAAUCUGAAGUUGACUCAGUUGAGCAAGCUGUCUACAAAUUCCAGACGUCUUGCCUGUUUGCAAUUACAAAAGAUUCAGCUCUGUGCUCUCUCCCUUCUUAUCACUAAUGCGGGAGAAAUUCUGAUUGAUUUCCAGGAUAUGAUGCACUCUCUUGAAGAGGAGGAGGAGGAAGAGCUCCUUCGUAGAACAUCCCUCCUCGUGCAAACGCAACGCCUUGUCUAAUCCUCUUUUAUCGUCUG